AUGGCUGCAGUAGACCGCAUUACCGCUAACCACGCACCAAGCAUGAGCCAUCACGGCCCGCACUCUGAAGAUGGCGCUUCGAGCCACAGAAUGGGUUAUUUUGACAAGUAUCCUGCACGAGCAAUGCCUGCACGAGUUGCUGACGGCGAGAGCAAUACCUUUUCCCCAAGUGCACCGGCAUCGCUCAAUGGCCAUGGACAAGCACCGCGGAAGACGCGUCCUCAGCGUUCUGCAUCUGCUGCGCAAGCAACUCGCUCGCAACAAGAGCUCCCCAAGCUCGCCUGGCCGUCGAAACCAGAGGCCGUCGAGCUUUCCUCUCGGAGCAGUUCUCCGGAGUCGUCAUGUCCAAAAACUGUCAAUCAGUCUAAUUCCUCUCAUAAAUCUCGCGCACGAAACUCUGUCGCCAGCACCGUCCCCGAGCUCCGAUACAGUGCCUCGACCGCCGAACGCUCCUCUCUCUCGCCACCACAGACGCCUGUUGGUCCCUACUCGUCGCCGUUUUCAGCGGACACUGUCGUCGUCGCUGCUCCCGUGCUCGGCGUCGACAUGAUGGACGCGCUCGUCGCCGGAAUGAAUGGCGCGCUCGCAGAAUCUUCGUCGGAUGGAAACGACUUUCGAAUACCUUCGCGGUCGAAACGUCACGGCGCAAGAAAACACCUGUCAUCCCUUGAGAAGCGUCAUCCAGGCCUCCAUCCGCAUUCCACACCGCCAUUGCCCAAACCCCCUCACGGCGUCAAGCUUGGAGGGCCCGACAACAAACGAAACGCCAUAUACUCUGAAAUAGAUAUCCUCGGACACGCUAAUGACCAUACCCCCGCCCGUACGCCGCGUGCCGUUCGGCCCCGGGUUCGCAGCACGACCAACCCUGAUCCGCCUCCUCCGUCACCCACACGUUCAAGCACUGACCCUGUGGUCAGAAAAAACCGCUCCUCUACCCAUCUCCGAAAGUCCAAGACCAGCGGCACGAGCCAUGACACACACACGACAAACCAACCAACGAUUGACCAAAUCAUCAAGGGCAUGGUUACCCGCGCUGAAGAGCCGCCUAGCCCUGGCCUAAGUCGGCCAUCGGCAGUUCCUUCGAUCCAGGACAUUAUUCGCACCCACGCCCCAGAGCUCGCAAAGACAAAGAUGGGUCGACCGCAGCGGCCCAGCACAUCUCCCGCUUUACCCACCUCUCUGGAAGAGACCGAACAUGACGAGGAUCCGGCUGGGAGAUCUUCGUUGGAUUCGAUCACAAACGAAGCGCGUGUCACCGUUCAAAAGGCACAGAAUUCGCCCCUCCAUCAUGCGAAAUCGUUUCCAACGCGCCCCUUUGGGCCCCCUCCUUCGACUUAUGGCGGCCUACGUUCCAUGCGGUACAGCGAAUCCGAACAGGAUUUGCCGCCCGCGAAUCCCAGAUAUGCCCAGUCCGUCGUUUCAGCCUCUUCGUAUGGCUAUGAAAUCAGUUCUACUGUCUUUACGCCACCUCCACCGGAUUCUGCAAUGGCUAUUGCUCAGUAUCUACGCUCCCCACGGUUGACACGACUAAUGACCCUUCGCAAGCCACCGCACCGAGGACUGACGGUGUCACUAGCAGACGUCGGCAAUCCCAACGGCCUGCCAGUUCUCGUCUUUCUCGGGCUAGGAUGCGUUCGUUAUCUAGUUGCUCUCUAUGACGAAAUGGCGGAAGCGCUCGGCCUGCGGCUAAUCGCCAUUGACCGCUGGGGUAUGGGAAGAACGGCCGAUGUCCCGCAGGAGCAGAGAGGACUCAAGGAAUGGGCUGCCGUGUGCGAGGAGGUGCUGGACACGCUCGGAGUUUCCAAAUGUGGAAUCUUGGCUCACAGUGCGGGGGCACCGUAUGCGCUGGCGUUUGCCUUGAGAGCCGGUCCACGACUCGUCGGCAGCAUCCAUCUGUUGGCACCAUGGGUUGGUGGUGGCAUUGAUGCAGCUGGGUACAAAUGGCUCAAGUAUGUGCCAAACUCGUUUAUCAAAGCCGCACAGAAUGCAGAGUGGAAGAUGCAUGGCUGGAAGCUAGGAAAGCCACCGACGAUUGUCUACGAAGGUAUUGGCAAUGACCCGCAGGCAUCGGCUAGCGCUCCCGUCACGAUAACCAAAUCCUCCUCAAACACCUAUCUACCUCUCACCGCCGAAGCCCUCAAGGGUGUCGAUUACACACCACCAUCCAGUUCUCAGGCACAAAAGGCGGAUGAUACCCUCCUCGGUAUCCCAAAGUCGUCUCCGGGCGGGGUUCCUCGAACGAGUUUGGGAGGCUGGAGCGACUAUGACGAUCUGGCCGACUUUGAGGGACGAUUUGGUAGUCAGACUACGCUACCCCUUGCACCUCCCGUACCUCCGUUACCCGACGGCGUUUCGAAUUCAUCUUCAACCAAGAAAAAGGUCUCGAAUCGCCUUUUCGGAAUGCUGAAAAGCCCCGGUACUCCACCCUCGGAGACUCCGUCACCUGUCCUCUCAGGAUAUAGUUCUUCAAAGAACUCGGGAGGAAAGAACAAGGGUCUCCGAACGAUUACCUCGCUCAAGCACAAGCUAUCUGGACAAAAGAACCCCUCGCCCGCGAAUCCGUCCAUGCCAAAGCUUGAAGCCAACCUAGAGUCAUUUGGGGCCGGUCUGGGCAUUGAUGUCGAGUUCAAAUCGGAUGUAGACCGCACCAAGACUGGCAUCGAAGCAUGGGCCACCGGCGUCGUUGGCAGUUCGAUUUCCCGCCCCACCUCUCCAGUCUCUGCAGAUUCUCAUACAUUUCCUCGCACCAAGCGUUCCAUCUCGCUCACCGCGUCCAUGGCACCAACCUCGCAGUCGUUGGGACCUUCGACUCCCAACAUUGCUCGUGCUCACUCAUCUCCGAUGCAGCGUCCAUUAUCCGGAGAGAGUGGGACGUUUUCCAUUGGCUCCAACUAUCAUGCACCACCCAAGGCGCUUGCGACAACGAACGCACCCACGUCGAGCGUUGCCACUGCUCUGCUACGGGCCUCCCACAAGGAGGCUCAAAAGGGACUAGCAAACGACUUGCUGUCGAUACUCGAACGUGACGCGAAACCAUGGGGAUUCUCGUAUGCGGACGUGCGACAAAAGGUCAAAGUCUGGUACGGUGACAAGGAUGAAAAGAUUGGCGAGGGUGGUAUCCGGUGGAUGGAGAGGGUAAUGCAAGAUUGCGAGGUUACGAUUUGCAAGGGCAGGGAUCACAGUCUGAUGACCUGUGCGCCCGUUGUCGUCGAAGCACUUGAGAGUUUGCAAGAAGAGCUCCGCCGAGAUGUUGUACCCCUCACGGCGAAGAACUUUCGCGAGCUCGCCAAGAAUCCAGCAGGUCAGGGAUAUACUGGAUCAACCUUCCAUCGCAUCAUUCCUCAGGUGUCCAAAUUUGGGACAUUGGCGCUUACGACCGGUCAUGACAUGAUCCUCGGUGGAGACUUCACCAACCACAACGGCACUGGUGGAAGGUCCAUCUACGGAAACAAGUUCAAAGAUGAAAACUUCCAGCUCAAGCACACCAAGCCCGGACUUCUCUCCAUGGCCAAUGCCGGUCCACACACCAACGGCAGCCAGUUCUUCAUCACGACAGUCGUAACAAGCUGGCUCGACGGCAAGCACGUCGUCUUUGGAGAAGUCGUCGAGGGUAUGGAUGUUGUCAAAAAGGUUGAAGCUGUUGGCACUCAGAGCGGAAAGCCAUCGAAGGUUGUCAAGAUUACUGCGUCUGGCACUGUCUAA